AUGGAAAAAGUAAAUCUUACCUCCGGCUUUACUCUUCUGGCCUUCUCAGACCUUCACUACAACCACGGUGUUCUCUUCUCCACCCUUGUGGUCAUAUACGCCCUCACAUGGACGGCUAACUUACUUUUAAUAAGUUCUAUUAUACUUUCUGCACAGUUGCACACACCAAUGUACUUUUUCUUAGUGAACUUGUCAGUAGUGGACUUCUCUUUCUCUACAAUGACGGUUCCCAAGCUUCUGUCCUGCAUUCUUCGAGGAGGAACCUCCAUCUCCUUCCAUGGCUGUUUCCUGCAGAUGUUCUUCUUUGUUCUUCUGGGCACCACUGAGAAUUUUCUCCUGUCAGUCAUGGCAUUUGAUCGAUAUUUAGCUGUUUGUACUCCCUUACGCUACUUAUCAUUGAUGAAUGAUAAGGUUAUGCUCACGAUGAAUAUCAGUUGCUGGGUGGCAUCAUGCCUACAUUCAAUAUUGUACACUUAUACUCUAUCACAAUUAAAAUACUGUGAGGACAGACUGAUCCACCACUUCUUCUGUGAUGUGACAUCACUUCUCAAACUGUCCUGCUCCAAUACUUCACUAGCUGAGCUCCUAAUAUACACCGAAGGUUCUAUGGUUAUUACUAUUCCGUUCCUUUUGAUACUUAUUUCCUAUGUGGCCAUUGCUUCGGCUAUAGUGAAAAUAAAGACCAGCAGUAGCCGAAGCAAAGCCUUUUCCUCCUGUUCUUCUCAUCUUAUGGUCAUAUCCUUGUUCUAUGGUACCAUAAUAUUUAUUUACAUCCGCCCUCCAUCAAACUACUCCUCCCAGUAUGAUCGCAUCGUUAGCAUGGCUUACACGAUCAUUACUCCUAUGUUAAAUCCUUUUAUUUACAGCCUAAGGAACCAAGAUGUAAAACAGGCUAUGAAGAAACUCAUCAUGCAAUGCUUUUCUUUUAGCUAAGCUACAAAAUGUCUGUUCAUGUUCUCUGAUACUGAGUAGAACUAGUUUAUUUUAUUUAGCAGGAUUUUGGAAUUUACCAUAAUCACAUUGCUUUUUGCAUCUGCAAGAUGGUCACUGUAAUCCUCCUCUGUAAAACUUCCCUGCCCAUUCAAACAUCUACAUCUCAGAUUUUCAAGCUAGACUUUCAUCUCCAACCAAUGCUCUUUUAUCAAGAAUUGUUCUAGAAUGGAUG